AUGGACACUCUCAGCUUCCUUCAAAUAGUCGGGCUCAUCGCCCUCGUCGCCGUGGCAUACAACCUCGCAUGGCCCUUCUUCCCCUUCCUCCGCAAAUCCAAACUCGACCGCUACCUCGUCCCCGUCCACGGCAAACCAGCCUGGGCCCUUGUCACCGGCGCAAGCGACGGCAUAGGCAAAGGCCUCGCAAACGAGCUCGCUCGGCGGGGCUUCAAUGUCGUCCUCCACGGCCGCAACGACGUGAAGCUGGAAGAGGUGCGGCACAACCUCGCGCUCGCGAACCCGGACAGGGAGUUCCGCAUCAUGGUUGGCGAUGCCGGGGUUCUCGGAUCAGGGAAUCAGCCGUGGGACGUCAUGCUUGCACCGCUGGAGAAUCUGAAUCUACGCGUGCUUGUCAACAAUGUCGGCGGCGGGCCGGCGGAGCCGAUCAUGAGGAGACUGGAUGAGUCGUCCAUGGAGGAUAUUGCAGCCAACGUGCACAUAAAUGCUCUAUUUCCGACGCUGCUCAACGCCAUUCUGAUUCCGCGCUUCACUGCGUCGUCUGAGCCCGCGCUAAUUAUCAAUGUCGGGUCGCUUUCGGACAACGGACUGCCGCUGCUGUCGUUUUACAGCGGGAGCAAGGCGUUCCUCGGUGCCAUGUCGACGUCCAUGGCACGGGAGCUGUCGAUGGACGGGUUCGAUGUCGAGGUCAUGGGCGUGCGGAUCGGGGCAGUGGCGACUAAACCGGAGCUGAUGACGCCGCGGGCAUUUUGGCCUUCGGUUGAGGUCAUUGCGAAUGCUAUCUUGGACCGGGUCGGGUGCGGGAGGGCGGUGCUGAUUCCGUACUGGGGUCACGCGGUGCAGAUGGCGUUUUUGGAUCUGGUGCCUGCGGUUUUACAGGAUCCGUUGUAUAAGAGGAUUAUGGUGAAGAUGAGGUCUACGGAGAAGAAGAUGUUCAGCAAGGCGAAGUGA